ACUCGCGAUUGCAACACCGAUUGUUCCCAUCAACACCACCGAAAUGACAUCCUGCCACGAGCCCACUGUCCCCGGCGAACCGCGCUCCUGGACAUCCAUAGCCCUUGACACGGCCGCCUCCAUGACCCAGUCCUUCCACCCCCUCAAAAACAUCUGCGCCCAUCUCAACGGCCUCCACGUCUACUCCGACGACCCAACCCGCCACGUAGAAACAACCCACUACUGCUCCCACCACACCGAAGACAUGCGUCAAUGUAUCCUCUACGACGGCCCCGGUCCCAACGCUCGCUUGAUUGGGGUAGAGUACAUGAUUACCGAGAAGCUCUUCAAGGAUCUCCCGCCGGAGGAGAAGAAGUAUUGGCACUCCCACGUUUACGAGGCGAAGAGUGGGAUGUUGAUCAUGCCCAAACCCGCGACGAUGCCCGGGCCGAUCUGGGAUGCAGCCGAGUUGCAGGAGAUGGAACAAGUCGUUCACCUAUACGGCAAGACAAUCCACCUCUGGCAAGUCGACCGAGGCGACACCCUCCCCCUCGGCGAACCGAAACUCAUGAUGUCCUUUACUUCGCCGACCCAGCUUCCUACCGCCGCGUUGCAGGACAGGGAUGAGAGAUAUUCGACUGAUUACCUUAAGAAGCGGGAACUGCGUAAAGAUUUGCCGGAGCCGGAGACGGAUGAGUUGGCCGAUGGAUGGGUUAAGGGGAGGGGAAUCAGGUUUGAAGGUGUUGAGGUCCCGGUGAAGGGAAGUCCGGCGGUUAGUGACAGGUUGGGUGGCGAGCCGGAGCAGGCAGCGUGAUUCUUUCAUGCUCUACGAAGAUACAAACGAUCGGUCAGACGUGUGACAACGACACAUUCAUUUGCAUAGCGAUAAGCGAUAUAUAUUCCUUUCACUCACUCGUUCGUCUCAAUAUUAGUAAUUAUACACCACAUAAAAGCCCAAAGCAACUGCAAUCGGCCACAAAGCAUCUCAUGCAAACGAA